UUAUUUUUAAUCGGGCAAAAUGAACAGCUACCCAAUAAGCUGUCAUGUUUACGUACAGCGUGACAAACACGACCGAUCGUGUUUUUUGGAGAGAAUCCUGUGAGUUAGAGGAGUUUAAGGCAAGAAGGGGUGACAGAUGGAGGAUUUUCCUAUCCGGACACUGGAGGUGGUAUGUGUGGGUUCGAGUCUGGCUCUGUCUGGUCUAUUUUACUAUAUUUACAAGAAGAAACGCAAAACUGUGGACAGACUGAACGAAGCUCCACAACUGGCAUUGGAUGAGAACCUGGCAGACCUUUUAAAUGCCACACCAGGGAAAUGUCUACAGUACGUGGUUAUUGAGGGUACAGUCCAGCCUAUAGGAGAACCAUUAAGGAGUCAGUUUCAGGAAGGAAGUGUUGGUGUCAUCCAGAAACUCGUCCUCAGGGAACACAAACUUGUGUGGAACAGUUUCGCACGCGCCUGGACAGACAGCGAGCGCAUCCUUCACCAACGUGUGAACGCUGUGCCCUUUAAUCUACUCGGUGUAAACAAGGCAUUCGUGCGUGUGCUCUGUCCCCUGGAGGCCACCGGCCCCAAAAUGGAAAUCGUCCAUGAGAAGUUCCACCAGGCUAGUUAUGGCUUCACGGACCUGAUUGGUCAAUACCUGAGCGGAGAGAAACCCAAAGGUCAGUUAGAAACGGAGGAGAUGCUGAAGGUCGGUGCAUCGUUGACAGCGGUGGGCGAACUCAUCCUGGACACGGACCGCCUUCCCAAACUCCGCCCACCGACAGACGGCUCCGAGUACUUCUUGAGCACGGAAGACUUUGAGACACUGCGACUGGAGCAGGAAGGCCAGGCCGAGGUAUGGAGGGUACUGGCGUGUGUUUGCACGUUAGCAGGUGUGGUCGUGCUGCUGUGGGCGGGCCGCAGGUAUUAUCGACACUUGAAGCUGCGAUGGGAGCAAGAAAACAUGAGGAGGCAAUUUGAACUGAUGGAUGCCAGAGAAAGAGGGUUGGAGGAGAACAGCGAGGACGUUCAAGAGAACGCCUGCGUCAUAUGUCUGAGUAAUCCACGAGGGUGUGUGCUGCUGGACUGUGGACACGUGUGCUGCUGUUUUCGUUGCUAUCAGGCCUUGCCCCAACCCAACUGCCCCAUCUGUAGACAGAUCAUCAAAAGAGUGGUGCCUUUAUAUCAGGCCUAAGAGAUUAAUGAGAUCUGGUUAACCGUUGCUCAUGCUUUGUAUCAGUAAUGGACAGACGUGAAAUAGACAAAGAUGUGAUUUAACGGUAUACACAUUAAGGGAUUGGUUGAACCUUAACAGUUUGUAGAAACAACCUUAAACUUCAAAGCAUUGUUGCAAGCUACUACUGCAGUGAACAGGAGAUGUGUGAUGGAAACAUGCAAUAAAUUCCUCAUAUGAAUUUACCUGCCACACACAUUUAAAUGCAGGAUUGUGAAUGCUGGAUAGAUAAAAAGUUUAGAUAUCUGGUGACUUGAAUUCUUAAUAUUCAAUAGAUAUAUUUUUGCAUUACAACGCUUAUUUCAGUUUUAACAUAUAGUUGAAGGUAAGACUUAUGUUUUCUUCACAUUAGACUGAUUUUGAGGAUUUGGAUACUGAUUUUUGUCCUGUUUUUGACUUCCUGUGUAUUAUGCUGGUAUUUGUCAUGCAUGCAUCAAACGGUUAAUCUGAGCCUACAGGAGGGUUGUAUUUGAGAAAAGAUCAGCCACAUACAGUAUUGAAUACUGGUUUUCUGGUUUAUAUAACAAGAAAAUGUACCUGUCUAACAAACGGCUCGAAAAUAUAAAUGUACUUAUUAAUGUUUUGCUUAGUGCCUUAAUUUAUAAAUGAAAGUGACGCUCUGAGCUGGUUGAUGUAGUUUGUUUGAAAAUAUUUAGGUGAUGCUUAACAAUAAAAGUUUUGGGUUACUGUC